UAAAAGCGCGACGUUGCUACCUGCCGGUCGUCACUUGUUCGCCUCCCCGGCGGAGCACUCUCCAGUCCCGAGAGAUCAUCAGCAGCGUUCGGCUGUCGUCGUCGUACAUUGGUCGCCACCGCUGUUGUUGCUGCUACUGCUGCCCCAAUCUUUUCAAGAGCCCACCACAGGAUUGUGCAUCCGAGAUGGUGAAAGUGGAGAUUGACAGCCCGACGGUGCGCUACACGGCGGACCUGAUUGAAGCUGACUACGUGUACUCGAUGUCCGAGGCCAUGGUCGAGGGCAACGUGUGCCGCGUACGACCGCGCGACGUCCGCAUGACGUUUCGCACCAAGAGGAACGUGCCCCGGCUGGGCGUCAUGCUGGUCGGCAUGGGAGGCAACAACGGCACCACCGUGGUGGCCGCCACGCUUGCCAACAAGCUGGGCCUGUCUUGGAGAACUAAGGACAAAAUCCAGUAUGCCAACUACUACGGGUCCAUCACGCAAGCGUCUACAGUCAGCUUGGGGAACGGUCCACAGGGAGAGGUGCACGUUCCGUUGAAGGACCUGUUGCCCAUGGUGAAUCCGAAUGAUGUGGUCUUUGAUGGCUGGGAUAUUUCUAGCCUAAACAUGGCCGAGGCAAUGCGCAGGGCCAAAGUGCUCGAUGUGCAGCUUCAAGAUCAGCUGGCGCCCCACAUGAAUAAGAUGCAUCCUCGACCUGGUAUUUUUGACCCAACCUUUGUUGCCGCCAACCAGGAGGACCGCGCCGACAAUAUUAUAGCAGGAAACAAACAGCAACAACUAGAACACAUCCAGGCUGACAUCCGUGACUUCAUUGCAUCGAGCAAAGUGGACAAGACUAUCGUACUGUGGACUGCCAACACGGAGCGCUACUGCGACGUCACUGACGGCGUCCAUGACACGGCUGAAAACCUUCUUGACGCCAUUCAAAAGAACCAUCCUGAAGUGUCUCCAUCGACAAUCUUUGCUGUAGCCGCUGUCCUCGAAGGGUGCACCUACAUCAACGGGUCCCCUCAGAAUACUCUCGUACCAGGACUUCAGGAGCUGGCCAGGCAGCGCCAGGUCUUCUUGGCUGGGGAUGACUUUAAAUCUGGCCAGACAAAACUCAAGUCCGUGCUCGUGGACUUCCUGGUGUCAGCCGGCAUCAAGCCAGUCUCCAUCGUCAGCUACAACCACCUAGGCAACAAUGACGGCAAGAACUUGUCGGCUCCGGCCCAAUUUCGAUCCAAAGAAAUCAGCAAAAGCAACGUUGUUGACGACAUGGUUGACAGCAACUCAAUCCUUUACGCCCCGGCCGAGAAGCCAGAUCAUUGCGUGGUCAUCAAGUAUGUGCCAUACGUGGGCGAUAGCAAGCGUGCUAUGGAUGAGUACACAAGUGAGAUCAUGAUGGGCGGCCACAACACCAUAGUGGUGCACAACACGUGCGAGGAUUCACUACUGGCAGCGCCCCUCAUCAUAGACCUGUUCGUUCUGGCCGAGCUGUGCGAACGCAUCGAGUUCAGCGUGGCCGGCAACAAGUUCCAGGGCUUCCACAGCGUACUCUCUCUGCUGUCGUACCUCUGCAAGGCGCCCGCCGUGCCUCCUGGCGCGCCCGUUGUCAACGCACUCUUCAAGCAGCGCUGCUGCAUUGUCAACGUUUUGCGCGCUUGCCUAGGCCUGGCUCCUUGCCAUUUCAUGAACCUUGAAUUCAAGGCGAGCGAUGCGUCUGUCUGGGAGCGCUCAAAGAGCGCCCUGGUGCCCGAAGAGUCCGGCUCCAAGAAGCAGGCGCGUUCGCCGCAUGAGGUGCGCACCAUCGCCUGAGCGGCUGCUCGCCCAUACUCGUGCCAGCCAUAGCCACUGUCGGAGACCUGCAGAUCUCACGGGAAGAACUUACAACUACGGUUUUUAAGAGGCAGGCACUGCAUUGUCGAAUGCUGAGCGAGCCGCUGUUCAGCUAUUGGCUAGUUCGUCGAACGCCAACACGGGCUUAAAAAAAAACGCGAAUGAAAAGCAGCCAUUGGUGGUUUUGGGGGCCCUAAAAACGCAACGUGCAAUUUUUUCGCGUGGCAAUGCACCGCUAUCAUACGUCUAAUUAUUUUGGCAAUGUAGCAAAUAUGUACUGCGAUUUCAUAUCACUUCCUGUUUAUUGCUACGUUAAGAUCCUGGCUGAAUAGCUAUCUGCAGGAACAAGUCACUGGUGGUUAAAGUGCUUUCAUAAUUACAGCACGUUUUGCCCUGAUUUGAAACAAAGGCUGCCUCUCAUGAGUAAUGCUUUCUACUGCGCGUUGCAUGAUCGUAGUCGUCAGGACAAACAAGUAUUAAGGCUUAUCACUUUCCCCUCCCGUUAUAUAUACAGACGUGCGCGCUCCCAUACACGUAGCGAGCACAGAGAGUCGUUAUCUCGGAAGUUUUUUUAACAUUGUAAGCGCAGUCAUUCCUAAUCGUGCUUUGGUGCGAAUGAAUAAUCGGAGCACUGAUAGAAGCUGAGUUUUUGAUCGUAUAUAGCUACAUUAAUUUCUUAUAGAUAAAACAGCUUUUGAAAUUGCGCUUUUCUUUCUAUUUUUAUUGCUGCUCUCUUUAUUUUUUUUAUUUUUUCUUUCUUUUUUGCAUGCGCGCGUGUAUUGUUGAAUGUACUCAAGUUUAUAGGAAUAGCUGGGCGAGUUCAUGCGAGAUGGUGACAACAGAACAGCCCACCACCCUGCCUUUUUUUAGGCGUUUUCUUUGCAUGCUCUGUUUAUCAAAAAUAUACUCAACUUGUUCUUUGAAGCCUUUAUCUCUUUUUUUUGUCCUCGUCCCGCUAUGCGUUCAUUCACACUGGCGAUUAGCAGAAGCCGUGCGAGCGAUUUCACGCCGGCAUGCGAGGCCAGCCCGUCACCACACCAAAUUUCCUCGUGAUAAGUUUCGUUCACGCCGGUUCGCACCAGCAUCAUAUCGUAAAACAAGCAGGCAUCCUGCUCUAAUGUGUCUGGUUCAUGCAAAUCAUUUGCAAUCGCAGUAGUUCAAAUUAUUUUUUUAAAGAAACAGUGCGCGACUGACACAAAGCAGUCGUCCUUCGACAACAGUGACCGUUUGGGGCUAGUUGCGAUCGUGACUGCUGUGAGUCACUGAUGUGAAUAAGCUUUAACAUGGCGAUAGCUUGUUUUUCAAUAGAUAACAUGAAUAGAUGAAGACACAUGCUCUGCGUUGGCUACGUACUUUUGGCGGAGAGUCGUAUCGCUAUAGGUUAUAUAAGUGUGCCUUCGCAGGCAGUAAGGUUUGUUCAGCGGGCCGUAUUGCGAAGGCCUGUGUAUAGCUGACCUCUGUGUGGAUGACAGGGUUUGGCAGCAAUCUAGGGCAUUGCGUCUUAUGCUUCCCCGUAUAAGACAGAGCAGUUCACUGCGGGAAAAGAAGCCAAGUUUUUCUAUUCCCUUAUUUCCCUCUUAUGUACCUGUGUGCCUGUAGUAUGUUAUAGAUAUAUAGAUGCGAGAGGUCAUGUAGCUUUAUUCAAUACAUCAAAAUUUCAAAUCAGCAAGUUUUAAUUCACAACGUGAAAACUCGCUCAUGUACCUGUGCGAGGCGUUUUUUUUUAGCAGUAAAAGACAUUUCAUUGCAGCAUGAAAUGUGCCACUUCCAUCACUUUUAAACUUGCAAUAACACUCGGCCGCACCCUGUUGGCGGCGACUAUUUGCACUUCUACCAUAAUCCAUGCGUUCUAAUCUGAUCACGUCACCUUUAUGCACUUUUUUUCGUUCUUACACGCUUUGUGGUGUCCCGGUGGCUCUAGGAGUUGCUUGGCAAUGAGCAACGCAGCUUUCCGCUCCGCCAGAGUUGGAGCUUUCUCGGCAAUACAUGCAUUCGCGAGCUGUGGCUUGCAAGCUCAUGUCCAGCGAUCGCUGCGUUCCAAAACGCUGCUUCGUUAAGGCCCAACAGCUCCUGUGAGAAACGGACAAUGUCACAGUUUGCGUAUUUGGCGCUGUGUCGUCCCUUGACCAUCGCUAUACAACUGCCCUGUACUUGAACGCAGCGCGUGCGCUAGUGAAAUGUUUGCUCAUGUUUCAGAUGUUGUACUAGUAUCUCUUUUAUGCACGGAUUGACCUUAGUGUAUCUUGUUUUAUCGUUGCCUUUUAUCGCACUUUAUAUAUCAUAUGCACCACAUGACGUUAGUCAAAGCGAUUGUUUCUUGAAAUUUGCUGCACGAAAAUGCGACCUUUUUGAGACUAAAAACAGGUUGUAUCAAGAAACCACCUUCAGUUCUUUGUGCACGCGUCGGUCUUGGUGACUACUGUGCUGCAAUGUUUGUGAGAAAUGGUGUCUGCAUUGUGGGUAACGCCACACUGUGUGACUGUGGAUUUUCCACCGUACAAUACUGGUGGCUUCGUCGAAUGUUUUUAGUGGUAUGCAGUUUGUAUCGACAAGAAAUGUUUUUAUACUGUUGUUCUGUAACAUGUUGGACGAGUUAAGAAAUGAGCUGAACCUGUUUCAUGUGAAAUAGUCAUGGGUCUGAUGUGUUCCUGUUUGUACAAUAUCCAAUAUUGUGAUGAAUAAAGUACAAUAACUAACACA